UUACUGUUUUUAUGUAAAUAUAAUCCGGUAAAUUGAUAGUCUUGCUCUGGUUCUUAUUAUCGCUUGUACGUGCGUUGGGAAUUUUGUUACAGGCCAACAUUUUUCUGAAACGUACAGAUCACAGUGAAGAAUAAAGAAAACAGAAAUAUAUAUCUUUGUUUGAAUUAUAAUGAUUUGAAGAAAGUGACAAAGUCGUUUUUUAAAAGCAAAUAAAAAUGGCGGAUAUUUGAUUCAUAUUUCACCUGGAUAAUAUUGUUUUUUCAUGAACCUGUCAAAACCAUAUCAUAACAUAGAUUCUAACUUACGUUAGCUCUCAAAAUUCAUGAGAUGUCAUUGAGAUUGUUGUCAUGGUUUCUACUGUUUCACAGUGGUUUCGGCUCUUCUUGCAACACAAAAUAUCAUGUGAAAGAGGCAUGUUUUAGGAACUAUGGGACGCCUCGUGACGUUAUCACUAACGUCACUUCCCUUGCAAUGUGCGCGUCGCUGUGUUUUGAAGAUGACAGUUGUGCGUCUGUAUUAUUCGACGGCUUUAAGAAGAUCUGUUUUACAAAUUCAGGAUUUGCAAAAAAUCUGACGGCAAAUUGUGGUCUUAAAUAUGCUUAUUUUGUUCAGAGCAGCUGUAAAGUAUUGAGCAAUCUUGGAAAUGUCUGUGAUACAGAGGACGACUGUACUGAUGUUGGUAGCACGUGCCUAGAAGGUCUGUGUUCGUGUAAAGCGGGAUACAGCUUGAACCAAUCAAGCAGUACUUGCUUGCAGUUCUGCGACCUGUAUGGCACAACGUUCACGGCGUUUGUAGGAUUCCUUCUUACUGGUAAUAAUGACGUAAUUCUCGAGAAUAUGAACAAAACAUCGUGCACGGCAGCUUGCAUAAAUACUACAACUUUCACGUGCCGCACGGCAGAACUUUCAGAUGACAACCAAUGUUUCCUUUCGACAGAAACUGCGAUUACUAGACCGACAAAGUACAUCGCAUACAAUGGUUAUACAUAUUUCCAGAGGAACUGCGAAUAAACGUUCACAAAAACUGUAGACCUGGUUAAUAUCUCGUGUUUAAGGUAGUUAACCCAUAACGACGAUCGGCAAUUUCCGUUUCUUUACGUAUGCUCCCAAUACGAUUUCGACAAAGGCCGAAGGAUGCCGAAACAGCGUACGGAGAAAACGUAACCGCACGGAAAUUGCCGAACACCACCUUAAUUUAUAUUUGCUCUAUUCAUUUAGUUAUAUCAUAUUUAUUUAGUCCAGGUUUUUUAUAUACUGUGAAAUCAUUAAUAUUCGUUGGGGGAAAUCUGCGUUGAUUUCGUGGUUACUUCAAUCCGCGAAAUUUUAAUCCAAACGAAAAUACAAAUAUCUUCAAAAUUUAAAUCGACGAAUUCGUUCCUCGAAGAAACAGUAAUUUUUUGCCAAAGUUACGACAUGCCCACGCAAUUAAUGAUUUUAUAUUAAUAGAUUUGAAUAAUUCGUGUUUACAUGUUGAUUUUAAUCGUUAAUCGUGAUUUUAACACUUUUCUAAUUUGUUUGUUAUAAAAAAUACUUUGCAUUAAUCAUAAUUAUCUCAGUAAGUUUUACACCGGCAAGUUUUACUAUGAAAAAGAAUGAUAUAUUAAGAAGAAUUGAUUUGGAACGUGUUACUUUCAAAAAUAACUUUACCAGGUUUUUUUUUUCACAAUUGCAGUUAACUGUACCUAAUUAGAAAAUACAAUAUAGCCAUUAGCGUGUGCAUCAGAGAUUUUCUUUAAAAAAAUCAAUAAAAUCGAAGAGUCCUCUAAAGUUUCAAGUCAGCUGAUAUUUGUAUUUGUUUCUAAUAUUUUAUUUACCAUUAUUAUGUUUCAGUAUUCAAUAACCAAAAGCAUACACAUGUAUCAUGUUAUAUUUGUAGCCAUUGUAGUUUUUACAUUAUUUUCACAACAGUGUUGUCAAUAAAGAA